CCACUUCAAGUUGACCCGCUAACUAAAACCAAAUCGCGGGAAUUUCUCAUCGGCGUUUGAUGCUGGAACUUCGAUGACAAUUUUCGCCAGAACAAGAGUCCUUUUUCCAGAAUCAAUAAAUAAUUUCAGAUACAUAGGAUUUGUCAUUUCCACAUUCUACAAUCGGCUCACGUCACAAGUAACUAACAACAAAGACAUGGCAGAAACAAAACGUCAGUGCACCAAGAAGACUAUCGGUACCCAUAAUGGAUCCUUCCAUUGUGACGAGGCCCUCGCUUGUUUCUUACUCCGUAGAUUGCCAGAGUAUAAAGAUGCAGAAAUCGUUAGAACCAGAGACCCGAAGAAACUUGAGGGGUGUGACAUCGUCGUUGAUGUAGGCGGAGUAUUCGACCCCAAGAUCCACAGAUAUGACCAUCACCAACGUUCAUUUUCGCAAUCCAUGAACUCGCUGGAGCCGAGUAAAUCCUGGACAACGAAGCUGAGUAGCGCUGGUCUUGUCUACCUCUACUUCGGCAGGCGAGUCCUCCGUACCGCAAAGGGUCUGACGGAUGCUGACGAGCAAAAGGUGGAGGCGCUGUUCGACAAGGUGUACGAGAACUUCAUGGAAGAGAUUGACGCCAUUGAUAACGGGAUUUCACAGACUGAUGAAAAACCGAGGUAUCAGAUUACCAGUAAUUUAAGCUCCAGAGUGAAACAUCUCAACCCGGACUGGAGAGAUAAGACUCCCGAUGAGGAAGCUGGAUUUCAGAAGGCAAUGCAGCUGACAGGGGAGGAGUUUCUAGACAAAGUGAACUACUACACCCACAGCUGGUGGCCGGCUAGGGAACUAGUGGAGACCGCCCUCAAAGAACGAUCUCAGGUCGACAAGAGUGGUGAAAUAGUCGUCUUUAAGGAAGGGGGUUGUCCAUGGAAGGAGCACCUCUUCUCCCUGGAGAAAUCCUUGAGUAUUGAGACGCCGAUCAAGUACGUCUUGUACUCGGACUCCAAUGGAAAAUGGAGAGUUCAAUGCGUGUCAGUCUCAAGUAAUUCCUUCACUAACAGACUCUCCCUUCCGGAAAAAUGGUGCGGUAUCAGAAACGAGGAACUGUCAGAGCUGUCUGGCAUCCCAGGGUGUAUAUUCGUACACGCCAACGGGUUCAUCGGUGGAAACGAGACGUACGAGGGCGCUCUUCAGAUGGCAAGAACGUCAUUGGCCCAAGCUAGCUAGGUGUUUGUUACAUAAUCCUAGUUGCUGAUGGACUUUGACAUGAUACUGCAACGGCGGCAAGUGUGCCCCUGCUCAUUGCCUUGGUGCCCCAUGAAAAGGUCCAAUGGUAAGAUGGCAAGAAGUCACUGGCCCAAGCUAGAAAGACGUUUAUUUUAUGACCCUAGUUGCUGAUUGACUUUGCAACUGCCUCUGUUGCCCCUGGUCAUUGCCUUGAUGCCCCAAUUUCUCGUAGAGGUGCUCUUACCAGGGAGUAAAGCCUUAAUGGCACGUGCCUGUUGAAAAAUGAAGCAUGAUGCUCGCUUUGAGCUUACAGGCUUUAUGAAAUUGGGCCCUGAUUGUAAGCACAACAAUUUGCUUAGCAUGAAAUUUCUUCCUUGAUA